GUUUGAAGUUGUAAUAUGUCACAAGAUAUAGGCCUAAGUGGUCAAGAUCAUCAAUCGUCGGUCGAUGUGGCAGGCGGAAUUGUUGAACAGCCUGGAAGUAAUGCCGGAGUUCUAGAUGAAGUGAAACUGGACGAAGUCAAAUAUCAUUCUCAGCUUUGAUUAACGCCGCCUCAUCACUAACCGCCAUCGUCGCAUCCUCAAAAACUGUCGCCUUAAACAAGACUGCAUCCCAACUCCAUGCAUUUUCUUUAAUCUUCUCGCACGCAAAGCCUUAGAGCCAAUUUGAGCUCCGGAAAUGGUUGCACUCGUUUAAAAUACCCCGAAGUUCCAGAAUAGUGCUUGUGCAUUGGGGGUUAGAGGUGUAUACCCUAAAGGAGAUAUUCUCCGAUGGAGGAGGGCGAGGAGCUGGAACCAAUCAGUUCAGGUACUUCCAAGAAUCAUGGAGCGACUGCUUUGCUGGAUCAGGACCAGCCCAAGAAAGUUAGCGGGAAAGCAUGGGGACGAAUUGGGCAAUUUGUCAGUGGCAAGGGGGAGUACCCAAAGAGUAUUUUCUUCAUCAUUGGCACCGAGUUCUGCGAACGCUUCUCCUAUUAUGGAAUGAAAGCUAUCCUGGUGCUGUACAUGACCAACAUCUUACUACUUGAUGAUGACCCAGCCACGGCCCUCUUCCAUGCCUUUGCCAUGCUGUGCUACUUCACUCCCAUCUUUGGUGCUAUGAUCGCUGACGGAUGGCUCGGCAAAUACAGGACGAUCUUGUACGUCUCACUGAUAUACAUGGUAGGGAAUGUGAUAAUGUGCCUGACAGCUCUGCCUCCACAGACUACUGGAUCUCCUGAACUCAUUGGUCCCCUAUUCGGCCUCCUGUUAAUAGCCGUGGGGACUGGCGGGAUUAAGCCCUGCGUGUCGGCCUUCGGAGGGGAUCAGUUCUCCGCUGAUCAGGAGGAGUAUAUAGCCAAAUUCUUCUCAGUCUUCUACUUUGCCAUCAAUGCCGGUAGUGUUUUAUCGACUUUCAUCACGCCUAUACUACGUCACGAUGUACAGUGCUUCGGCAACGACUGCUAUGCUUUAGCCUUUGGAGUUCCAGCAGUGCUUAUGUUUGUGUCUGUUUUUAUUUUCUUUAGCGGACGGUACUUCUACAAAGUGUAUCCACCAACGGGCAAUGUGGUAUGGAAGGUCGUCAAGGCAACGUUUCAUGCCCUGAAGACGAGAUUUAAGAACAGAGGAGGCGGAGUGAAGAAAGAUCAUUGGAUGGAUUGGGCGGAGGAUGAAUAUGACUCCAAACUCAUCCAAGACAUCAAGGAUUUGUACCACGUCUUGAAGAUAUUCCUACCUCUGCCCAUGUUCUGGGCGCUGUUUGAUCAGCAAGGAUCCAGAUGGACUCUGCAGGCCGAACACAUGGAUGGCACAUUGGGUUCCAUCCGAAUCAAACCGGAUCAGAUGCAAGCCUUCAACCCAGUCCUGAUAAUCACUUUCAUCCCGUUGAGUGAGAUCUUACUCUACCCACUCCUACGUAAGCUCAAGAUUCCCUUCCGUCCCUUACAGCGAAUGACAGUUGGCAUGCUACUGGGUGGGGCGGCAUUCGUCGUUGCUGGCUUCAAUCAAUUAAGGAUUGAUGCAUCGGAGGUGGCUUUACCCGGGGAGUCGGAGGGUAUCCUAAAAGUCAUCAACGCUAUUCCGUGUGGCAUCGGUGUACAGAGUGAAUUCUUCCAUGGAGAUGUACCCUUUGGCAUGGCCUCCAAGCCCAUCACCUUUCCUAAGGGAGAUUACGACGCCAUCUUUAGUACAACCUGUCCCGGUAUCACUGACGGUCCGCCAUUCACUGUGUCUGUACGUGGAGAGGAAGGGGACGACAUUAUUGUAUUCAGUCAAGACGGUACCCUGAACGCAAUCCAGGCAGAAGCUCACCUUGAAAAACCCCGCAAAGGCCAAGCAUUGGUCAGUGUCGGUUUGUUUGUCAGCCCAUCGGAACUCCCAGACAACACCAGCGUCAUUCUCAAAAGUCGCGAAUUUCAGUAUGUGUUUAAUUCAGGACCGUACAACAUCACCGACUUCAAGGCUAUCGAGCCAGAAAGCUAUGAUGUGUACAUCGAUGGCGAUGUAAAUGAUCCCAACGCCAAGCCCUUAAAGACAGUGGAAAUCAAGACUGGCGCAGUCUACCGAAUGAUUCUACAACCCUACAACCAGAGUGCAAGUAUCUAUGUGAAUUUGCACGUUGAUGUGGAGCCCAAUUCAGUCUCCAUGUUCCUUCAGAUCCCACAGUACAUCAUCAUUACCAUGGGCGAGAUCUUGUUCUCAAUCACUGGUCUAGAGUUCUCCUACUCCCAGGCUCCGGCCAGCUUGAAAUCCUGCGUUCAAGCCGCUUGGCUGCUCACUGUAGCCUUCGGCAAUCUCAUUGUAAUCAUCGUAGCUGAGGUCAAGUUUGUGGAAAGCCAGGCCAUGGAGUUUUUCUUGUUUGCUGGUCUCAUGGGUGUGGUAGUGAUCAUCUUUGCCAUCAUGGCAUACUUCUAUGUCUACAUCACGCCGUCCGGUCACGACGAAGCAACUCGCGAAGACUUGAGCGGACUAGUCAACAAGGAAGAGGAUGGCGGUUACCAGGCUGGUGACACCGGGGAACCGGGGAAAUAGACGGGGCACCAGGCAAUUGACCCUUCAUUUCUGUCAAACAGUGAUUGACCAAUUAGAGCAUGACUUUUGGUCAGGUGACCACGGUAGCUCGGCCAGAGGCACUGUGAGAAAUGACACUAAUUACAGAUGGGUGGAUGUUGUAUAAAACACAGGUUUUUUUGCAAGAGAUACUUGCCAUCAAAAUCAGAAUUGAAAUUAAAAUUUGGUCAUUUAAAAAUAUUGAUUACAAACUUUGAUUUGUGUAUAAAUCGACAACCCUUCUGAAUUUUUUUUUUCUCACCUUGUCAUUCUGUUAAAUGUGAAAUGCGUGACAUGCAAAGUUUUGUUGUGUCAAAUCGCACAAUUUUCCAGGCUAAGCCUGCUUUCUGACCAAACAGUACUAUGGCUUGAAAAUCACAACUCCGUAA